GGAAGAAAACGCACAAGUGUUGAGGCAUGCAGUAGGAGUGACAGCUGGAUUCAAGGUCGGGGUGGAAGUACAUCAGGGAUCGGCUGUGAGCAUCUUCUUGUUUGGAGUGGUGAUGGACAAGCCCCCGCCCAGCCCUCUGCCAGCCCGUCAGCCCUGCACUGCCACCGGCCACGUCUCAAAACUGCGCCUUGUGCACGGCCACUACAAGAAAGUUCUCCGAGCAGCUGGUGACCGAGGGCGGCGGAGGAGAGGAGAGUUCAGAGGACUGUGGACAGGCUCCGUUGUCAGACAGCGCGACCGACAACAAAAUAAAAGCAAAGAUAAACACCUCAACACAGGACCAAAGAGAGGAUUCAAACAAAGGUCGACUGUCUGACAGCAGCUCACAGCCACGAUGCCGCGCUACAGAGUGAACUGCAGCACCAUGAUGUUUCUGGUGAUUUUACAGGGGGCAGGAGUAGUGCUGUUCUUUAGCUGGUACGCCCAACUCAGCCCCUGUGACCCACAACCCUCCAACGCCAAAGUCCACGUUCUGCUGCUGUCAUCGUGGAGAUCAGGCUCAUCCUUCCUGGGCCAGGUGUUCAGUCAGCACCCGUCUGUCUUCUAUCUUAUGGAGCCCGGUUGGCACGUGUGGACCAAGCUGCAGAAAAACGGUGCAAGGACGCUUCGAAUGGCAGUGAGGGAUCUCUUACGGAGCGUGUUCCAGUGUGACUUCUCAGUGAUGGAGUCCUACCUUCCAGAGAACCACAAUGUGUCGUCUUUGUUUAUGUGGAGUCACAGUCGAGCUCUGUGCUCACCACCAAUCUGUUCCCUUACGCCGCGUAAUGAGUUCAGCAACCAGACUCUGUGCCUAGAGAAAUGUGGUGCUGAGGGACUGCAGAGGGUAGAGCAGGCGUGUGACUCUUACUCUCACGUGGUGUACAAAGAUGUGCGGCUCUUUGAACUGGAAUCACUUUAUCCACUUUUGCAGGAUUCGAACUUAGAUCUCCGCAUCAUCCACCUGGUCCGAGACCCACGGGCAGUUGUGCGGUCUAGGGAAGAGUCAGCCAAGGCCUUUGUGAGUGAUAACGCAAUCGUCUUGGAACAGAAACGCAUUAAGGAAGCAGAGGUACAGUAUCAGGUCAUGCAGGAGAUUUGUCGCAGCCAUGUGCGUAUCAACGAGAGGGCGGUCCUGAAGCCUCCUCCAUUUCUAAAAGGCCGCUACAAAUUGGUUCGCUACGAGGACAUGGCACGCAAUCCACUCGAGGAGAUCAAUGCCAUGUAUGAGUUUGUAGGUCUGGAGAUGACCACACAGCUGGCCACAUGGAUCUACAAGGUGACCCACGGAAAAGGCAAAGGCUCUAUUAAAGAGGCCUUCAAGAUCACGUCGAGGAGCGCUACCAACGUCUCCCAGGCUUGGCGCACCAUGCUGCCACACAGCAAGGUCAGACGAAUCCAGGAAGUGUGUAAAGGGGCCAUGUCGUUGCUCGGGUACAGGACGGUGAACAGUGAAAAGGAACAGAAGAGGCUUGACAUAGAUCUCCUGGUGCCACGGGAACCCUAUCAGUUCAGCUGGUUGCCUGAUAAAACACAGCACCCUAACAACAAUUAGAAGUGGAAUGACAAAGACUUGUUAAAACAGGAAUAAAAACAGACUUUUUAAAGAAUGGACUACUUAAAGGACCGGAUAAAGGUACCACCCUGCCCUGGUUCUCCUGGUUUGGGGGCGGAAUUGGGGACACCAAUAAUCCCAAUACUGAAACCAUAAACUCCGGGGUAAACCAAGGUCUAAAGCAAGAAAUCAAACUAAUCAAAGGUCUGCUGUUGGUGUCAGCUGCUGUCAGGGGAUGUAUGGAGACACAGUUUUUGAAGUGGCCAGUUGACAGUGGGGGCCAAUCAGCAGAUGCCAUUUUGAAGCCAGCCCAAAACAGCUCACCCAAUCAGACAAGGGACAUGUAUAGUCUCUUAAAGGCACAGACCACACACAAAAACAGUCCACAGACUCACUGACAAAAUAAUUUAUGACAAAACGAUGUAACAUAACCAAAAUCCUGAUUUAUGAUGUGCCACAUUAAACACACAGAUGGCCGUUGCAUGCCACAUUGUUUUAAGCAUAUGCAUCAAAUCAUUGUCUCCUGAAGGCUUGAUUCAUGAUGAUGAUGAUGCUAUUUGAUGCUUUCUAGUGGCCACUCUUGCUCUUCAAAUCCCUUAUGUGCACCUCAAGGACAACCAAGACGUAUAGAACAAAUAAAUACAAAUGUUUCCUAUGCAAAGUCCUUUAUGGUGCAACACGAUGCAUAAAUACUGAGCAGCCUCCAAGUAUCACCAGCACCUGAUGUAUUAACGCACUAACAGCACUUAGAACUGAAGGGCUACUCAUUUGGCACCUCACAUACUUUUCUCGUGCUGAUAGUGUGAGAAAAGUUAAGAAGCUGCAGAGAGCCGUGAGAAAAUGCAUUAGCAUAAUGAAACGCACCUACCCUCUCUUAGCGAUGUGCAUGUUAUUAAUAUGGUACAGCCAGGAAACUCACUAACUGGACUCAAGCUUAAUUUAUGCCGCAGUAAAAAGUAAGGGGCGGGAAUCACCAGACACCCUGCAGUAUAAAAAAACAGGUAUUCACAAAAAAAUCAUGUUUCUUUGCUCCAAAAUGAGUCAAACACGCCGAGGCUGUUACUAAAACCUGCCAUAAAUGUUGCCUUAAGAUGGAGUCAGUCUGCUGUUAGUCUGCAAAUGAAUGUCUGACACAUCAAAAUAUAUUGAUGUAACUGACAAAAGUCUCACAGCAUGGGAUAGAUUAUCUGUUCCUUCUCAGACCAGCUCUCAGCUCAGAACUAACGCCGUUAUUUUGUAUCCUGGCUCCAUUUAAGUGCCUGAGAAUUUAAACAUUAUUUUUUUGCUCCCACUUGAAACUCCUCAGUGAUGAAGGAUCUUAACAGCACAGACGCUUCCACAGUGUAUUGUAGCUAUGAAGGUAUACAUUCAUGAAGGAGUGGAAUUAACAUGUUUACUUAAACUGGAUAAAAGUGCUCAGUGUCGUUAUUUACAUUUGUUUACGGGAUCUGUCUGUUUUAUUGAUUAAUACUUGAUUACACUGAAAUGUCUUUUAAUGAGUAGCAAAUGUUAAAUCACGUUGAUUUGUAUCUUUGCAGUAAGAGAAAAAGGAUAAAUGGACUACUUUUAAUCGUGUUUAGGGUGCUUUGUAGUAAAAAAUGUACAUUAAUUUUUUUUUAAUGCAUAAAAAAUUGUCAAAGGUUUUUUUUUAAAGAUGGACUUCAGCUAUAACUUGGUGUGAGUUUUGUGUUUCAUAUAUGACUUAGUGUUCUGAUUGAAACAAUAUCUUCACUUGUACAUUUUUGGAAACUUGCUAUGAAGUACCCAAGUGUUUUACAUCAUGGAGUAAAAUACAUAACAAAAUAUUGUUUAUUUGAGAUGAUAUGUACUCUGAUUUAAGGUUUAUUUCAUCAAUGGGAACUUUAAAUGGGUUAUUCUACUCAUUAAAAACACUGGUUAGAAUCUC